AUGGCUGCGGAAGCUAAGGUCACACUCCCCACUGGGAAUGAUCCUACCCUUUCUUUGGAGCAAAACGCCUUAACGUAUAACAACGCCGCAGAGGAACAAACCCCGCCAGAAUCUUCUGCCCAGGACGAAACGGAUGAUGACUACUACGAUGAUAUCUUUGCGGAUGAGGAUCUUGGCGAAGAUGAUUUCAUGUUCUCCAACCCCUCAGAUCUUACACAAUCUUACAACAGACAGCGUCGACUGAAAGGAGUAUUAUCAAAUCCAAAUGCCCCUCUAUCAACAUAUCCCAAAAGCAACCCCCAGAAACCAACGGUGAACACACAAGCCAAUGUCGACGAUCAGAUCUCCUCUCUCGCGCGACAUGCGUCAAAGAUACGUCUCGAUAACCUCCAGUCAGGCCUGGGGGGGAAGGGAAACAGGGGGAUGGACAAAAGUGACCGUGCAACAUCAGAGCAGGUGCUCGAUCCCAGAACCCGGAUGAUCCUUCUACAGAUGAUCAACAGGAAUGUGGUAUCUGAAGUCAACGGGUGUCUUUCCACGGGCAAAGAAGCCAAUGUCUACCACUCCGUGUCUUAUCCAGAAGACGGCGGCGAGCCACUCCAACGGGCCAUUAAAGUCUACAAGACUAGCAUCUUGGUUUUCAAGGACAGAGACAAGUACGUCACCGGGGAGUUUAGGUUUAGGCAAGGAUAUAAUAAAUCCAACAACCGGGCGAUGGUGAAAGUAUGGGCAGAAAAAGAGAUGCGAAAUCUCAAACGUCUCUACAACGCAGGAAUCCCAUGCCCAGAACCCAUCUACCUUCGACUUCACGUCUUAGCCAUGAGCUUUCUGGGAAACUCUAAGGGGUUCGCAGCCCCGCGAUUAAAGGACGUGGAGCUUCCCGGACCAAACCCUGAAGAGCAGUGGCGAGCCCACUACAUCGAACUCCUAGGCUAUAUGCGCACAAUGUAUCAGGAAUGUCGAUUAGUGCACGCAGAUCUAAGCGAGUACAAUAUCCUCUACCACAAAAGUAAACUCUACAUCAUCGACGUCAGCCAGAGCGUUGAACAUGACCACCCCCGCAGCUUGGAGUUCCUCCGCAUGGAUAUCAAGAACGUCACAGACUUUUUCCGACGAAAAGGAAUACACACUCUUUCAGAGAGAGUUGUAUAUGGAUUUAUAACAGCUGCCGACGGACCAAAAGCUACCCCCGGAUCCAGCGAGAUGGCAGAUGCGGUGGAGAAAUUGUUCGCAUCGAAGGAUGCAGGCGAGGAGAAAGGUGAUGCCAGUGCGAAUAGCGACGAAGUCGACGCUGCAGUUUUCCGGCAGCAAUAUAUUCCCCAGACUCUCGAGCAGGUGUACGAUGUCGAGCGUGACGUGGAGAAGCUUUGCCAGGGGCAGGGGCAGGACUUGGUAUAUCGUGAAUUAUUGGCGCAUGAGGGUGAUACGACUGCCACUACCAGUCCAUCCCACGGUGUUGUUGGUGAUGGAGAAGCAGACGAGGAGGGGUCAGAUGAAUCUGGCAGUGUUUCUCCAUCGGAUGGAGGCUCGGAAGCGGGUUCUCAGGCUGACGAGAAGGAUCCAUUCGCUAAGAAACCUCCGCGGGGAAAGCGGUUUGUGGACAGAGAUGCCAAGAGAGAUCAUAAACGGCUUGUGAAGGAGGAGAAGCGUGAGCAGCGGACGAAGAAAAUGCCGAAGCAUGUUAAGAAGAAGCUCAUCAAUGCGUCGAAGAGGAAGUAG